UUCCCAUUACUCAAACUAGCAACUUAUUUUGAAAUCAACGGCACGAUGAUCAGCAACUCUGUAUAAUACUAGUACUACUAUCCAUUUUUCAAAACACAAAAAGAAUCAACCAACUAUGGCCGUCUCUCCCGUCCAUGAUUCUACUGGAACUAUUAUUUGCAAGAAGCUUAAGCGGAAAAUUGCUACACCGGAGGACUCCAAGGCUAAGUACAGGAAUGCUAUAUGGGAGGCCAAGAGAAGGCUGGUGGAGCAGAGGCUUAUGAAUCUUGACCAUGCAGACCAAACUCAGGAAGAGUCCAUUCCUGAUGAAACAGCUAUUGUAGUUCAUAGACCCAAAGAUAGUCCUACUAAUGAUGUUAACACAAGUGUUGGUGUCUCGAGCUCCACAAUGGAACGAGCUCAAGAGGUUCAAUCGAAUCUGUCACAGAAAUUCCCUAGUUUUAUAAAGCUAAUGCUCAAGUCUCAUGUAUCUGGUGGAUUCUGGUUGGGCCUACCAAAGAACUUUUGUGCUGCACAUCUACCGAAACAGGAUGAGAUAGUAGUUUUGGUAGGUGAAAACGAAAAUGAAUACAGGACAAGGUACUUGGUGGAGAAAACUGGUCUAAGCGGUGGAUGGAGAACCUUCUCGAUUGCACAUAAGUUGCUUGCUGGAGAUAUUUUAGUUUAUCAACUGAUUGAGCCGCGCAAGUUAAAGGAGUUGGGCGCACAGAUCCCAUGUGUUCGUUGCCGACGAUUACGGAUCCGAUUAUCUCGCCGGCGGCGGAAUCACCGCCCUUGGAGCCGAUUCGCACCAUACUGGAACAUCUGGUUGCCAGCGUUGCGAGGGUUGAAGCAAGAAUGGAUGAGUAUGAGCAUAGGCCGCCGCCGACGCUGCCGCCGCCAAGACCGGAGCCGAAGCCGCCGCACAAUCGCCCACGAUCGCACCCUCUGGACGCAGCCACGUUCGCUCAGCCGCUCUCCGUGGUGUCCGUCGCCGUACCGCAACAGUCGUCGAGCGGAGCAUGGACGAGCGAUCCUUGGCCUGGGUUCGGAAAUCAUCUAUCAUCGGGGGACCUCCCACCCUCCUCGCGACCUCAGCCCACAUCCUGGGAUUUGCCGCCUGCCUCGCGUCAGCAACACACCUCACAAUGGGGUCAGCCCCCCUCGUCACAUAACCCCACGGCGUUGGAACCAUGGGGCAACCGAUUCCCCGACCUUCAUGUUCCCACCGGACAUCCGUCAUGGGAGCCCGCGGGUCAUCGGCAUCAGGCUUCUCUUCCAGCCGCGGAAUACCAUUCAUGGGUCCACCAGCAGUUGCCACCGCAGCCCGUGCUCGACCAACCGUCACCACCGUUCUCUGCGGUAUCCGUCGCAACCGCCCCAUUCAUAGACAUCAACGAAGGGUUUCGGCCAAAUCCUAGCGGUGCGUCGGGGUCGCGUCGCACUGGACCAGCCGAUCGCCUGAUCCAACAGGAGCUUCAAUCGAUGUGGGAUCUGCCCCCAGCGUCGCGUCCACACUCGGCAUGGGAUAAGUGGGAGAAUCGUUUCAGCGAGCCCUACGUUUACAGCGGCGGGUCGUCGUGGGAUCCCCCGGGGCAGCGGCAGCCGGCGUGCAUGGAUGAAUACGAUCGGCGUCCGUCGUCGUCGCGACUGCCGAAUCAGCCGGAGCCUGACCCUCCCUAUACUCGCGUGAACCACCGACCGAUGGAUGUCAACGUGCCUCACAUCCCUCCGUUCUCGGCGAUCAGCUCUGCUACGCCGUCCUACAUUGAUCCCUAUAGUCAGCCGCAGUACUACACCGAUCCCUACACUGAUCCCUAUUAUGUGAAUAAUAUUGUUGUUAGCCCAGCGGUGGUCAAUAAUGUUGUAGUUCAUGUAAGAGCCAGUUCUCAUCCGAGUUCAGGAGAAUAUUGUUUCUGAGCGGAGCACAUCAUCUGCCGAAGAAGUUGUUUCUGGAGAACUGUACAACCUCCCAGAGAAUGGGGACUUGCCAGCAAUUCAAGAAGAAAAUGUUCAUGUGUCGAAGAAUGUCGUUGAGGCUCGGGAUGAGGCAGAGCCGGUGAUCGAAAACCCCACCAUAAUUGACGAAGCACCAAAGAAGUCGUAUGCUCCUAUUGCAAGGCAUCUCAAGGUAACGGCUGCAACUUUAUCACUGUUUCCAGCAUCGGUUUUUGUGCCAUUUAUCGAAGGGAAAAAGGUUUUUGUGCCAUUCAUCGAUAUGUCAUCCACGGCAGGCAUCGAGCCUCACUCGGUGAAUGUUUAUAGGAAUAAUGAAGGAAGUCGUUCAAUUAUUCGGUGGGCAUUUGAUCCGGGGGAGUUAUCUCGCCAAAGAUGUUGUUUCGGACUCUCUUCGUUGUGUCGUGGUUCCCACCUUGAGGACAAGGUGGAUUUUAACCGCGGGGGAGUUGAUACGUGAAUAUCUCCAAUAAUAUCCCCAAAUCUCUCUUAUUUAGUUUAGUAUUGAUUUAGCAUAUCUUUUCAUAUUUUUUGUCUUGCCCAUUAAAUUAGAAUCCUUAUUAUAAACAGGGCUAUUGUUAUUCUCUUUAAUUUAUCAAUGAAAUACAUAUUUCCCCUUUAA